AUGCACCCAAGUGCUGUCCACGGCACUUGUGGCUGCAUUGUGCUGCGGGCCUUUGCAGCCAGCAGUGCUGAGCUUGCUGAGGAACUACCCCAGUGCUUAUCGCUGGGGCUCGUUGAUUGCCCUGAUUUGUGCUAUGGCCCUGUGCGCGGGUGGAAAGAAGAGCUACCCAUUGAACUUCUAUGGCCUUGCCUUCCUCACCGGAGUCAUGGCUUUGAAUGUUGGGGUGAUUUGUGGCAUGGUCGCAGCGGCAGGCAUGGGCGCCUUGGUGGUUCAGGCUGCACUCAUCACAGGCCUUUUGGUGCUUGGCCUCACAGUCUACACAUUCCGAUCGAAGAGAGACUUUUCCUUCCUGGGUGCCAUUCUUUUCCCCUUGACCUUCGGGCUCUUGGGCUUCGGCCUCUUGAGCAUCUUCUUUUCCUCCUUGCAGACAGGUGCUUUGCACCUUGGGGUCUCUUUCCUUGGAGCUGGCAUCUUCUGUGGAUAUUUGGUUUUUGA